AUGGGAUCAACCGCCCUGAAGCGUUUAAUGACAGAGUACCGAGAGCUAACGUUAAAUGCACCUGAAGGAAUUACUGCAGGCCCUAUUGAUGAAAAUAAUUUUUUUGAGUGGGAAGCGCUUAUUGCUGGACCUGAAGGAACACCUUUCGAAGGCGGCUUAUUUCCUGCUACUUUAACAUUCCCCAAAGAUUAUCCCUUAAGCCCACCCACAAUGCGCUUCACUUGUGAUUUCUUCCAUCCUAAUGUAUAUCCGAAUGGCACUGUGUGUAUUUCCAUUUUACAUCCUCCAGGUGAUGAUCCGAAUAUGUACGAGAGUAGCUCAGAGAGAUGGAGUCCUGUACAAAGCGUGGAAAAAAUCUUGUUAAGCGUCGUUAGUAUGUUAGCAGAACCCAAUGAUGAAAGUGGAGCUAAUAUUGAUGCUUCUAAAAUGUGGAGGGAAAACAGAGAAAGAUAUAAUGAAAUCGUACGUGAAAAUGCUAGAAAGACUUUAGGGUUGUGA